CCUGAAAAAACAACUAGAAUGUCUCCAAAGUAGAAAUAGUGGAGGCAAGUAGUCAAAAAAUAAGUUAUUAAAAGCAGUAAAAGAGAAGAAUCUCAUGAGAGGUUACCUCAUUUAAAAAUCUCAUGAAACGCUUUUGUGGAGAAAAAAGUUGCAAAAAUUAUUCUAAAUCUAAAUUAUAGGACGUGAGGGCCGAACGAUUAAUCAAAUAUCAGAGGAUUAAUCGGUAUCUGAAUAACUUCGGUCCUGGACCAAUCGUUGAAGACGUUUGAAGAUGUCAAAUUUCAAUUUUAUGACAAUACAAUUUUAUAAAUACAAUUUACUCAUUGAAACUUUUGGCAUAUUAACUGAAACUAUAUGCUGGUCCUGUAUUAAGAAAAACACCAUUUCAAUGUAUCACCCAAACAGAAAAACAUACAAAUAUUUUCAUUCCAAAUUGUUUAAUAUUGAUAAAUCUCUUUAUAAAUAUAUGCCUUUAAACGACACUACAUGUUGAUAAAAUAUUAAACCGAAAUAUGUAACAAAUAGUAAAAACGUUGAGAACAUGGACUAAUGUUUAACAACACUGUGUAAUCCAAUAGACAAAGUAAAAGGAACAAAUCUUGGGCUUUGGAUUUUGAGGUGAAUGGAUCACAGCGCGCUUUAUUGUGAAAGCAUCGACCGGAUGUGGUGCUGGUGUGCGGUGACGCGGGUUUGGUGCUGCUGGAUGCGGAGCUGCAGUGCGGACAAACAGGCUGGAGACGGAGAACCUGACACAGAGAGACACACACACACACACAGCCGGGCCGGGUCACCACCACUCCGGGUUCUGGGUCUGGUUUUCUCCCGGAUCUGGUCCUGCAGAAGGGAGGAUCCAGUCCGCAUCACCCCCAUCUUCCUCCUCCUGCUCCUCCUCCUGCUCCUCCUCCUCCUUCUCAUCUGCAGCAGCGGAGUACCGGAGGAGGACCCGGACCCGGACGAGCAGGUUUUUAAUGAGCGCUCCCGGGGAAAUAGAAGCAGGUCUCUGGUCCCGGUGGACCCGGUGCGUCCCGGUCCUGCAGCGGGUCUGCUCUGCAUCGCGCGGCCGGUCCGGGGACGCAUCCGGUCCGGUUUGAUACCGGGGACCGUCAGAGGAGAAAUAAAUGGUGGUUUAGUCCUGCGGGAGACUGAGGCCCAAACCCCGCCCCCCCUUAGAGGAACGGUGGGUUUUCUGGACCAGGACGUUUUGUGCCGAAAUAAAAUCCCAAAUGAAGAUUCCCAAAAGGCGGAAAAGGAGCGGACGGUGCGCCAGAUAAAUGGCUCUUUUAAGCUGGGAGCUGCUCGUGUUCUGUCUGGCUGGCAGAUGCAGUGCCUAGUCCCCGGCCUCCAGGACAACGCCAACAUGAACGGGACGUCCGAGCAGGCCGACAUCCUGCCGCCAAACUGCAUGGUCAAAGACCGAUGGAAAGUGCUGAAGAAGAUCGGGGGAGGCGGGUUCGGGGAGAUCUACGAGGCCUUGGACCUGCUGACGCGGGAAAACGUGGCGCUGAAGGUGGAGUCGGCCCAGCAGCCCAAACAGGUGCUGAAGAUGGAGGUGGCGGUGCUGAAGAAACUGCAGGGUAAAAACCACGUCUGUAAGUUUAUUGGCUGCGGAAGAAACGACAAAUUCAACUACGUAGUCAUGCAGCUUCAGGGGCGCAACCUGGCCGACCUGAGGAGGAGUCAGCCCAGAGGGACCUUCACCAUGAGCACCACCCUGCGCCUCGGGAAGCAGAUCCUGGAGUCCAUCGAAGCCAUCCACUCGGUGGGCUUCCUGCAUCGCGACAUCAAACCGUCGAACUUCGCGAUGGGCCGGCUUCCCUCCACCUACAGGAAGUGCUACAUGCUGGACUUCGGUCUGGCCCGUCAGUACACCAACACCACCGGAGAGGUCCGACCGCCGAGGACGGUGGCGGGUUUCAGGGGGACGGUCCGCUACGCCUCCGUCAACGCUCACAAAAACAAGGAAAUGGGUCGCCAUGACGACCUGUGGUCAUUGUUUUACAUGUUGGUGGAGUUCGCCGUUGGACAGUUGCCAUGGCGAAAAAUCAAAGACAAGGAACAAGUCGGUCAGAUUAAAGAGCGAUACGACCAUCGGAUGCUGCUGAAACACAUGCCUUCGGAGUUUAAUAUCUUCCUGGACCACGUCCUGGCUCUGGACUACUACACCAAACCAGACUACCAGCUGCUGAUGUCGGUGUUUGAGAACAGCAUGAAGGAGCGAAUAAUCACCGAGAACGAGCCUUUCGAUUGGGAGAAGGGCGGAGGCGAUGUCACGCUGUCAACCAGUACCUCCACCCAACCACAGCACAACACCCGACCCACCGCCGCCAUGGUGGGAGCCCUCGUGACGCCGGUCCCCGGAGAUCUCCAGCGAGAGAACACCGACGACGUUCUGCAGGACGAACAUCUCAGCGACCAGGAGAACGCCCCGCCGGUGCCGCCCAGCCGCCCCCCCGGGGAGACGGGCGUCUCCAACGCAGGGGAGCCCGCAGAAGCCUGGGAGGACACGGACUUCAACCGCAACAGACUCAGGAUCAGCCUGAACAAGGGUGCUCAGGAGGAGGAGGCCAGUCGGGGCGCGUGUCCCGUGUCGCCGGUGCGAGGCGGAGUCCCGGAGUCACCGACGGGUCAGGGCCGCUCCUUGCGGUACCGCCGGGUCAACAGCCCGGAAUCCGAGCGCCUGUCCGCUGCUGAGGGCCGGGCCGACGCCUACGGACAGAGGUCCAGGAUGGACAUCCUCGGCUCUCCUUCCCGCCACGUCUACUCCUCUCAGCCGGCUCAGAUGCUGUCCGUCGACCCCGGUUGCCGCGGCGACCGGCAGGCCAGCGGCCGCCAGGAAGCGUCGGUGGGGUCGGUGGACCAGGAGGCGCACAGCAACGCCUUCAUCCGCUCCGUCCCGCUGGCCGAGGAGGAGGACUUUGACAGCAAGGAGUGGGUGAUCAUCGACAAAGAGACGGAGCUGCGCGACUUCCAACCCACCACGUCGGGAACCACUGACGAGGAGCCCGAGGAGCUCCGCCCCCUGGAGGAGCAGGAGGAGAGGAGGAGGCUCAGGGCAGCAGGAGGGGACCUGGUGGUCCGUCCAAAGACCCACACCAGGGACAGCAGCCGGGGGAUGCUGACGUUGACGGAGGAGGAGGCGUCGAGGAGGAGCGCCGGGAGCCCCGCCCAGUCGCCCUGCCACUCGCUGCCGUCGGGACGCCCGCGCCGGAGAGAGUCGGAGCCCAUCGGACCUCAAAGACCGCUGUUGUCGCCCACGGAGCAGACCAACCCGUCGCCGCCUUCCCCGGACUACCGUACGAAGGGCCAGAGCGACGAGAAGGAGCACUUCCACAUCCUCCCCCAGCUGCAGGUCAAGAGGGCCGACUUCCUCGCCGUCAUGCUCACCGGCACCCUCCCCCAGCGCCGGAGCUUCGCCGCGGCGGACGAGGACGCGCAGGAGGCCGCGGGGCCGCGGGACGACGACGUCACGAAGAGCGAGUCCAACAGCGAGGCCAGUCAGAAGAGCACCGAGCGCAGCCAGGACGCCGCGCCCUCCACGCUGAUGGCCGAGGACCAGAGGGGCCCGAGGGAGCACGCCUCGGCCGCCGACGCGGACCCCGACCUGGAGGACGCCUCCAAGACCCUCGUCCUCUUCUCGCCGGGAGACACUCGGAAGUCCCCCUCCGGCUGCGAUCACGCUCUGGAGGCGGAGCUGGCCACGCCGUGCGCCCUGGGCUCCCGCGGCGACCACCACCUCCUGGUGGGCGAGGCCGCCCCCCCGCCCGAGCCCGCCGACGCCGGGCGCUCGUCCCCGGCUCUGCGUUCGGACCUGAGGCCGUCCACCCCCAUCGCCCCCGCGUCGCCGCCCUUCACCAAGGUCGAGCGCACCUUCGUCCACAUCGCGGAGACGUCGCACCUCAACGUCAUGUCUUCCAACGGUCACUCGGCCCGGGAGAGCGACCGGGAGGUGUCGGCCGUCGUGAGGGCGGCGGCCGCAGAGGACGAGGCUCAGGAGCGAGGGGCGGCGCCGGAGACGCGGGAGCCCCCGGGGGAGUCUGCGCCGGAACCGGCCGGACCGGUCGGCGAAGGACCCGAGGACGGCCCGUCGGCCGCUCUGGUCCCGUCGCCUGAGCCCGUCCCGGCGGCCGCGUCGCCGGUUCUCGAACCCACAGAACCGCCGCAGGAGCCCAAGAAACCGACAUCGCCCGGGGAAGAAGCCUCCGGGCCUCAAUCCCCCGGAUCAGAACCACCGGCCGCCACGAAACCCAGGAUCCGAAGCCGAAUCCCAGUGCUGGUCUCGGAGGAGGACUCGGGCUCGGAGCGGUCCUCAUCCCUCUCGGCCCGGCUUCGGCUGCAGCAGCGGGCCAGGCAGCUGGACCUGGCGCGCGUGCUGGUCCAGAAGCAGCAGGGCCGCUGGAUGAGGAGGAGGAUGCUCUCCGGGACGUCCUCGUCCAUGUCCUCCGGGGACGACGAGCGCCGCAGGGCCUCCGAAACUCUGUCCACCGCCGGCUCCGAGGAGGACACGCACACCUUGGACGAGUCCCGCAGGGGCGCCCGCCUCAAACCGACUGAGGAGCAGGGCUCCAAGGAGUGCCGGAGCAGGAUCCCCAGGCCCGUCACCCCCAUUAAGAGGGCGCCGGCGGUGCUCGCCACCGUCGCCGCCGCCGCCACCGCCACCGCCACCACUGCCGCCGCCGCUCCUUCCCCCCUCUCCUUGCCGGACUCCGGCGCUUCCAAAGGAGCGUCCUCCUUCGCCAACAGGAAUCAGAAAAUAGGACAGAACACUGUCAGCACUCAACGGAAACCCAAACCCGCCGCCCCCAGGUCCUCCUCCUCGUUCGCCCGUCCGUCCGGCGGCCCGUCCGGCGGCCCGUCCGGCAGCCCUCGGAUGCCCCUGCGGGUCCUGUUUGGCACGCGGCGCAGCCUUAGCUCCAAUCACUGCAGGACUGACAGCCCCUCCCCUCAGAGAGCGUGUCCGUCCAGGCAGCCGCUCUCGGUGCGAGCCCCGACCGUCCCGGUGCUGCCGCCCAGGACUACGACCGCCAUGCGGCGCAGCGCCUCGCAGGAAGCCACCGCCCAGACCUCCUCCUCCUCCUGCGGCGCCGCGCCCGCCAGGACCAGGCCCAGAGCGGCCGGGGCAGCCAAGGGGAAGCCGCACGCCAAGGAGAAGGUGGCGCCCGCUAGAUAAUACAAAGAGACUCGCGAGCCGAGACGUGUUUGUGUAUAAUCAGUCUUCGGACAAGCUACGCCUCAAAGGUUCUCACCUGAUUCCACAUCAGACUGUGAUCUUACAGUCUCCUCCUUCCAUUACGUUAAUGAACACGGACCGUGUUUGGUUUUUUUUUUUUUGUGUGUGCCAGGGACAACAACUUGCUGAACUAUCUUCAUGGGCUUCCAGUAAUCUAGACUGACCGUCGUACAGGAGCGUCGCUGCCAAGGUCUGCUGCGCCCUCGUCGAAACCCCCGAUUCAACGUGUUUCUGGAGCCGAGAUAUCGUGGCCUCUUAACAAAGUCCGGUUUCAGAACGCCUCACCUUCCACAGUACUCCCAGCUCGUCCACAUCUAUACUACUCCUCUAGUGACAGUACCCUGCUUGGUUGCAUGGUGAAGUAUAUCACAUAUACAACAAAUCCCUAAAAGGGAAAAUAAAUCUUGAUUUGAUAUAGUUCUCCUCCUCCUAUUGAGGUAAACAGGCAAAAAAAAGGACCAAAUUGGGCUGGUUUGAAUGGCCGGGUAAUGAUAAUAUGAUAAUGGAUUCCUAACUAUAUCCUGUACUUAUUAUAGUCCUGAAUUAAAAUAAGAGUUGGAUGUGAACAUAAAAUAAAUUGCUCUGCCGCUCGCCUCCUCCUCCUCCUCCUCCUCAUGGUGUGACAACGGGCAUGCUUUAAUCAUUCUAUUUUCUGGGUGUUUUUAUUUUCCUUAUGCUCUGAAUUGUAUAUAAUAGAACCAUUUCUCAUAAAGACAUCUUUAUUUUUUAUCUUGCCAAGCAAAGUGUAAAGGCUUUCACCUUCUGUUCCGACGUGUUGGCACUCUGUUUCCUACGCAUGAGAAAAACAGGGUCAACCGUGAGAGGAAGUCAUACCUGCUUGGAUUCUGCUGCCGGCGUGAUGGUCGUUGGAGCCCGUGUUGUGUUUGUAGGGGGUCGAUGGGCACUGAGCUGUGAAGUAAAAGUCUUGGUCAUGUG